AUGUCUCUACAAUUCCAAACUCGAAGCAGGUUUCUUGAGCUCCAUCUUUCAAACAGCCUUAACGACUGGGAUAUGGAUGAAGAGAUCAAGCUGACCACAACAACUGACCAAUUUUACCAAGCAGGAGACAAACGGAAUGAUGAGUAUCUGGUUCAGUGGCAGUAUGCAAGAAUAUCGAGAAGAAAGGACGACCUCUCUUUUCAAAACUAUCAGAAAUCAGUUGAGGACUCUCCAAUACAGCCAAAUCUGUGGUUGAUUGUCAACCCCAACCUAGCCUGCCCAAUUAAGUAUCCCAAAAAAGUAACAAAGAUAUUGAGUCCCAAGGUGCCACUGAAACACCUGGAACCAGUACCCAAGCCCACAGUCACCCAUGUCAAACCCAAGUCUAUCCCAAAUGUGCUUCCAGUUUCACCUACUGAGGUCACCUGCUUGGCCGACUCUCGACAUGACGCGUCCUCCAGUGAAUGCAUGCUUACAGAUGAGGAUGACGCCUCUUCGGUGGAUGUCCCCGUUUGUCGGAAAGUCAAAACUGCCCGCAAGGCAAAGGCCCCUAAGGGUGGACCACGAAAGCUUAGUCUGGCCCAAAGCAAGCGCCUCCAACGGGUCCUUCAAGACAGCAACAACCUGAAGAGCGGAGCCUGGCUGCGUCCCCCUGUCAACUACUGCAUCUUAAUCGCCAUGGCUAUUGGCAGCAGCCGCACUGGCAGCCUCAAUGUCCAGCAGAUCUAUAACUUCACAAGAGAGCACUUCCCCUUCUUCCAGACAGCCCCUGACGGCUGGAAGAACACUAUCCGCCACAACCUGUGUUUCAGCAACAGCUUUCGUAAGACCCCCCAGCAGGUGUGCAGCGAGGGGAAGAGGAAGUCCUGUCUGUGGCACCUGACUCUAGAAGGACGCCGGAGGCUGAGGGAUGAAAUCCACACCCUUACCGGGGACUCGUACAAAGUGUUGAAGAGAAGCAUGAAUAAUCCUGAUCUGAUUCAGACUUUGUUUGCGCUAUGA